AUGUCCGAAAACAAGGACCUCGUCGAAAUCAAUUUGAAUACAACUAACUCAAAACUCCUCGAGAAGGGUUCCAGUUAUAACAACAAUAUGAGCUUAUUCCACUUUAAGGAUCGUAGUACAGUUACUAGCAGCACCAUACCCAACAAACAGGGUCUAUCGCUUACAGACUCUCAAGGGGGUGCGCACAAAGGUGCCACAAAUGUGCUGCAUAGUAUUUUUGGUGGCAGCAUUGAAUUUGUGCCCAACGCUUAUCGUUCGCCCACAGAUUUGAGCUGUCUGCGGCAAAUGUACUGCCCCGACUGUGAACAGCGAUUGCACAUGGACACCAUUAGUUAUGAUCGCUUGCUCUACUGUUGUUUGCCCAUAUUUCCCUUCAAGUGUCUGUACAAACGCGCCAUCGACCGGCGACAAAGUGGCAACAAAGUGAUUUGCAAAAGGUGUGGAGGAAAUUUGGGUUAUUGGAAGCAAAAGUGA